GCUAUGUUGUUGCCAUACACUAUGGUUGGUGCACAAAGUUUGUUUAUAACAAACCCGAACCACAGGAAGCCUCCAGCACAGUGCGUUAUCGGUAUCGAAACUUGUCAAACCGGUAGGCCUACUCAUUCAAUACGCUUAGUAUAAAAAAAAUGUCGGAUGACAAGACAUCUGCGGAUGAAAAGCUCGCUUGUGGAGAUGGGGAGAAGCCUUCCUGUGACCAGGAGGAGCAGUGGUUUAACGUCAAACCGGUACCGGAGGUCAACGUGAGCCCCUCCUCCAGAUUCCUGCAGGCUGAACUGGAGCUGAACAUCCACCUGCGUCGGCUGACCUUCAGCGAGCCUGUCCGGUACAUUUACAACCCGCUGGAGUACGCCUGGGACACCCACCGCUGCUACGUGGAGAAGUACUGUCAGGGCGGACAAAGGAUCCUGUUUUUGGGGAUGAAUCCAGGACCUUUCGGCAUGGCACAGACCGGGGUCCCCUUUGGUGAAAUAAGGUCAGUUGUUGAUUGGCUGAAGAUCACGGGCGAGGUCGGACAUCCUCCCGACGAGCAUCCAAAGCGACGGAUCACAGGACUUGCCUGCACACAGAGAGAAGUGAGCGGCGCACGUUUCUGGGGCUUCUUCAGAAAGCUGUGUGGUGAACCAGCACUGUUCUUCCAGCACUGCUUUGUGCACAACCUCUGCCCGCUCAUUUUCAUGAGUGCCAGCGGGAAGAAUUUAACCCCUCCUGAGCUUCUUGCAGGUGAGCGGGAGGAACUCCUGAAGCUGUGCGACACUGCACUGUGCCAGGUGGUAGAGGCACUGGGCGUCUCCAUGGUGAUCGGGGUUGGGAGGGUGGCUGAGCAGCGAGCGCGGCGUGCUUUGUCUGCUGCGGGUGUCAAUGUGCAAGUUGAAGGCAUCAUGCACCCGUCGCCCAGAAACCCACUAGCCAAUAAGGGCUGGGAGGAAGUAGCCAAAGCCAAGCUGACAGAACUUGAUGUCAUGGCGCUGCUGAACAAAAGCUGAGCUAAUCAUCCUUCUGACACUUGCCUUAUCAGUGGAUGCAUGAAGUGUGCCCACAAUGGACCAGGAUAUGAGGAGGUAAAGUAAGAGACUCAGUGUAUGUGUGAUUUAAUCAAUGGUUCAAUGUACUGCUAAAAAGUACAGACUCACAUUUCUCCUCACAGUCUGUGUGUCCGGGCUUCAGUGACAGUGGCAGCAAGAAGCUCAAAGGAGAGCAUGUAAUACACUAAUGCCUUUCACCUCUGUCAUCCCUUAUGCUGUAAAGACAUGAACGUUUCCUUCUCAUGGAAAGGUCCGUCUGUCGGUUCAUUUGAGAUGGGUUUAUUUUACGGAUCAGUGCAUUCAUUCAUUCUAACAAAUGUGUUAACUAAUGAUGAUACACAUCGGGACACACAAUGGCAUGACCAUGAAAAAUAAAUUUCCAAAUUCAGUACCCUGAAUGUACAUUUUAAUUUACCUGCAAAAGGUAUCAAUUUAGCAAGUUGAACAAUUGUCUUUAUAAACUUUCUGCAUACAUUGUAUGCUGCUCUUACUAGUAUGUAUUGUCAGUUGUAGAUCUGUAGUUGAUGCUCUGUUGAUGCUUGUAUGUUGUUCCUCAAAUGUAAGUCGCUUUGGAUAAAAGCUUCUGCCAAAUGAGUAAAUGUAAUGUAAAUGUAAAUGUAUUAAAAAAAAAAAGGUCUUGCAUGUUCUAUGUUUCCAGAAGAGGUAUAGGUUGUGAUGGUGCAGUCCUCAGGGGAGCAAAACAAGUACAGGCUUUACAGGCCUACUGUAGCUUUUGAAUUUUCUUUGGUAUUUAUUUUUUUUAAAAGUCUUUUUAAUUGCCAUUGGUGUUUUAUAUGAUUACACACUGAUUUUAUCCACAAUUUUACUCACUGUAUAUUUCUGGUUUCUACUCAAGUGGAAGUUUUCCCUGUUGGUGGACUUUGACAUGUCACUGUAUUUAAAGAAAAAAGAAAAAGAAGUAAAUAAGGCACUUAAUGUUGUCUAAAUUCCAUUUAGCCGUUUCAGUUUCAGGGCCCUGGUAUUGUUCAUGAUAGCUUACUGUUACACUGUCAUGUCUUAUUGGGACACUUGAAUAAAAUGAAGCUAUCUUUAA